CUAUCCAGGACAAAGCUGCCCGUCUUUACAUUUUUCGGCACUCUCACUAACACAUUCAAUAUUCCUCCCAUCCUAUGGAACUCAGAAGUCAGUCUAGAACUUCCUUGUAACGAAGAUAUUUGGCAAGCUGCAACAAGCGAGACCUGGGCACGCCUGGUUGAGCAGAGUCGCCAGCCGCACAUUUCUUUUUCGGACGCCUUGACUAGCUUAGUCUCUACUCCACAACCCAAUGCUAUACUCAGGCAGCCCUUUUGGGUGUUAUAUCAUGGUCCAUGCGCUUAUGCAGCACAUUUAUUAUGCUCGCCAGGACUGUGGGAUGAAGGACUCCUCUUCUGGGUUAGAGUCGGUUGGCUCGGAGCUGCGCCAGUGGCGGCCUGACUGGGAGAUGGACCCCAGGCUAUCAUUCUCACCACUCAGUCCGUUUUCGGCGCUUGCCUUGGAUUCGAGUGCGGUUCUCUGCUUGGCACAUGUCUGCCUUGAGGGGGACCUCUCUCACAUCAGGAGAGCCAUUUAUAGCCACGAUAUGGAUGUCAUCCUCCGAUCAUUGACGGAAAAUCCGAAAUUAAUGCCAAUCGCGGCGCCGAAUAUGGAAGUGGUCUCCUAUGCACUGUCCCUGGCCCGCACACUUGUGCAAGCUUACCCGGUGUCCAUCUCUAACCUACCUCACACUCAUCUUGUGGUUUGCUUAGGCGUCUCUAUCUCUCGAUGGCUCUCCACCUUAGAGCAAACUUCUUCCAGCGAAUGGUUAGACUCUCAGCGUUAUAUCAAGUCACUAGUGACUGAAAUAACGGCAGAAAUGGACUUUGAUCCUAAAAAUGCAGGAAAACCCGUAAGCGUCAUGUUUCUACUGACUAGUGCUACGGUUCUUAGGAGUUCUAGUAGUUGGGCGAUUUUGUCGGUCCUUGCAUUAGCCUUUAAGCAAUAUGCCGAUAGUUGUUCAAGUGCU